CUGUACAAUUAUAACGAAUAGGUCUAUGAACCUAUUAAUUAUUAUGUAACUAUAACGAUAGCAGGAUAACUCAAUCCUUUCAGACUUUCGUACGCGCCUAUUGCCUUGGAAAAGAUAUUAGAUUACUUGGACGGUUUUGCUAUAAGCUUUACCCUUGCUGUAGGUUUUCGCCACAUAUGAGACUACAUUACAUAUUUGACUGCUAAAUCGAGUAUAAGCCUAGGUAUAUGAAUUCUAUUAAUCAGUAGACAGCGUGUCGUUUAGUUCAUAUUAUACUUUUCUUUAUAAAAACAUAUCGCAUAAGUCAAGACUCAAGGGUUAAAUCGUAUCCAGAAUAAAUUAAACGUAUUAUAAUAAGGUAUACGUCGAUUACGUCGUAUAUACCUACCGAUCGUUUUUUAUAGAAUUGAACGCAUUUACCGAAAAAUGAGUUGUAUCAACGGUAAAGAUAGAGUCAAUGAUCAACAAAAUAACAGAAGGUGUAAACAGAAUGUUAUCGCAGCCAAUGGUUAUGCAGAUUAUCUACAACUUGACAAACUUUUAGAUUCUCAGACAAUGUUAAGUAAGCAAAACGGUAGAGUUUCGUACGACGAGCAUCUCUUCAUAGUUACUCAUCAAGCUUACGAGUUGUGGUUCAAGCAGAUUUUAUUCGAAAUGGAUAUUGUUUGUAAAUUAUUAUCUGCUAACCUUUGGAAUAACGAGCACGAAAUGUUCAACAUCUUAAAGCGUUUAGGUAGGAUUUCAUCAAUUAUCAAGUUACUACUAGAACAUUUUGGUGUUUUGGAAACCAUGACUCCUUACGAUUUUGCUGAAUUUCGUGAUUAUCUAAAACCAGCAUCAGGGUUCCAGAGUCUUCAAUUCCGAAUGAUUGAAAGUAAAUUAGGAUUAAAAAAGGAAAACCGUGUCAGUUGUUGUAAAUCGUACACUGACUGCUUUAGUGCUAAGAAAUAUGAUGAACUAGAACGCACUUCGGCUGAACCUAGCUUAUUCACUUUAGUUUGUCAUUGGCUCGAAUCUACUCCUAUGUUAAAAGAUAAUAUCGUAUGGGACCAGUAUCGAAGAGCAGCGGAUCACUGGUUAGAAGGAUCUAUUGAGUCUGAUAUAUCUUGUCUGGAGAAACGCCGUAAGCUUAUGGACUCAGUGUUUAAAUGUGACCAGCACAAACGCUUAGUCGAACAGGGGAAUCGAACGUUUUCUCAUAUGGCACUAAAGGGUGCCAUAAUAGUAUAUGCGUACAGACACGAAAAAGGUUAUGCAUUGGCCAACAGAAUACUAGAAUCAUUGGUGGAUAUCGACACGCUUUUAUCAAAGUGGAGAUACAGUCAUUUCGUUAUGGUACACAAGAUGAUUGGAUCGUAUAGUUCCGGCACGGGUGGUACUAGUGGUUCAGAAUAUCUAAGAUCUACAUUAUGUGAUUCAUACCGAAUAUUCAUUGACUUGAUCAAUCUACCAGCACUAAUAAUACCUGCUAUAUACAUCCCACCAUUAAUAAAAUCACAAGGUAAAUAAAAUUACUAUUUCUGGAUUAAAAAUGUAUUGUUUAUUAAUGUGUGGAUUAUAAUGAUUAUAUUUUGGAUUUAAUAACUAUUAUAUAAUAUACUUAGCUAGAUUUUUUUAGUCACAGUAAUACCUUGCCAAAAUGUUUGUUAAUCCUUGAAAAAUUUUUAUAAAAGAUACCUAAUACUGUUUAAAAAAUAUAAUUAAUUGAAGCACAUAAAAAUAUUAAAUAAAUAUUUAUUUCAACAAGUUUUAAAGAAAGUGUGUAUUUUUUAAACUAAGUUUUCUACAAUCUAUGUAUUUACUUGUUACUAUAUAAAAUAAAUAUUUACGACUUACCUACCUAUAACAGCAAACUCUUACAUUCACUUAUAUUAACUUGUACUUCUAUUCUUGUAUAAUACUAUACGAGGUACAGCUAUGAUGAGCCAUCGUUGUUACAGAGGUAUAAGGUAUAAGUUGACACACAAAUAAAAGCUAUUGGUAGGUUGUAGGUAAGUUGUAGCCUGUAGGUACCUAUAGUUCAUGAGAUGCUGGCCACAAGUCACAACUCGACAUCACCUAUAUAUAGCUAUAUGCAUCUAUCAUAUGAUUAAUACUAAAUGAUAAUAUGAUAACCUUACCAAUAUUAAAUGUAAAACCCAAAUAAUGUGAUUUAAAUCUCUUACAUGUGUAGUCAAAAUAUUUUUGUCAUACCUACACCGAAAUUUAAGUUUUUGAUGACGAUUGAAGCGUCGGAAAGUGACCUUUAUUCCGUCCAGCCGGUAGUAAAGUGAGAAUCCCCAUAGUGCCGGGUAGUACAAUGGAUAACGCAAAAAAGUGCCGGGUGUUAAAACGGAAAUCCCCAAAAGUGCCUAUAUGGCUCAAUAAUAUUGUUCAAUUCGCUAUUUAAUAUUCGGUGUAUGGCGUGUUCAAAACUCAAAAAUUUUCAUCGAUCAUCUUAAAUUUCAAAAUACUUGUGCAAGCACCACUUUAAAUGGGAAUUUUCAAUUUUGGAAGAUGCUUUCUUAGUGCACACUUUCAUGGUGGUACAAAGGUACCAUGAAAAUGGCAAGUCUCAAGCUAUCAUUAAAUAAUUAUUUAGACACUCCGUUGAUCAGUCAGUCAGAACAUGUUCGAUUAUCUAAUACUAUAAAAUAUUAUUACAUAUAGUCAACCCGCCCGGCGUUGCCCGUGAGACACGCUUGUAUGAUUAUGCGAGCAGUAUAUUUUCAGGUAGGCAAUCCACCCGCGAGGUGCGUACGUAAUUAGUAAUUACUAAUUACGAAUGUUUUAUUAACACGUUGUUUAUGAUGUCCAUGUGUAGGUUCCCGGGACAACGGUAAAACAAUUAGUGUUAGGAAUACCAUUUUUACUAAGUUAUAUGGUUUUGACCAAGUAUAAUAGACAGGUCUAAAAAUAUAUUCAAUCACAAUUCAUAACCAAUAGCAACAUUACAAUUCACAAAAAUAUAUAAUUAUUUAGUUCAUUAUUUUGCUAGACAGAUGGUAUUUUUUCCAUCCAGAUAUCCUAUUUUUCCGGUGGAUUUUCCUAAAAUUUUCUUUUUCAUAUAAACAUUGUCCUGACAAUUACAAACAACAGUAAAAACUUUAUCAUACUAAAUGUAUGCCUAAAACCAUCUCCUUGAUGUCCUCUUUAAUUAAAAAAAACUGCUCAACGCCUUGACGAUUGAAUAAGUAAUUUCGGAUGCAAUCUAUUAGCGGCCGUAACAAAGAUUUCCAUUUUCACAUUUAUCUGUAUUACAUAUAUAGAUGGAAAGCCGGAUAGGACAUACCUAAUAUAUACAUGGUACAUGGUAUAAUUUCAAUACCUAUUAUUCCUAUUUUUGUUAUUACCUGCUAUUGCAAAAACCUAACUAAUUUUUCUCAUAUUUUGUUUUUAAGUUAUUUUUCUGUAUUAAUAUAAUUUGAUAAUAUUAGUGAUGGGGAUAUUAAAAUCUUGAUUGCAUAUUUGCAUGUCAUCACUUUGGUAACUAUAGUAUGCUCUUCGAUCACACUCAAGUACAUUGGGCACAUAAUACAGUAAAACUUCCGUUAACGGUCACCUCUAUGUAACGGUAAAUUCUUUUGGUCCCGUCGAGUGUAUCCUAGUGUUAUUCUACCUCUGUCGGACGGGCACCUCUAAAUAGCGGUCAUUAUUUACAGUCCCUUCGGUGACCGUUAUAUGGAAGUUCUACUGUAGAUGAAAUUUCAAUAUUUCAUCUAUCCUGUGAAAUGUAUGUGGUAUGCCCUAUUCAGUGUUCAUGUGUAUACAUAAUAAUAAUCUAUGUAUAAUCUAUGUGUUUCUGCUCUGGCGUUCUGCUUAUUUAUAUUGGUUUGGUAUUAUUAUAGUUUUGUGUUGGUUACUUAUAAUACGGUUAUACCUAAACGGCUAAACGUCACUCAGCAGUUAUGAUUGUCGAUUGCUAAUAAAUAAUAUAACCCCAUUUGGCCAUUUCAUUGAUUAUACUUCAUUAACUGACAGCGUAAACAAACCGAGGAUUAUAAAUUAUAAUAUAAGUAAAUUUUAAUUUGUAAUCCAUCAAUGCGCCUUGGCAUAUCGCCCAAUACAGAUAAAAAAAAUUAGUAUUUCUUAGAAUUACGGGAGUACCUACCUAUAAUAGUGUAUUAGUGUCAAUCAUUUCUGUACUAAUAAUCAACUUUUUUGUACCUUUAACGUCAUGGCGAUUGCUUUAACAUGAUAUAUCUAAUUCAUGUAAGUUAAAAAAGUAGGUACUUAUCCUAACACUUGAAAUCGUAAACGAGUACCUAUCAUAAAGUUCUUGAAGCUUAAACAAAAUAAUAUGUACUUUUCAUCUAGAGGUGUGUGUUUUCCCACUUUUGUCUUGUACUCUUGUUGUCGACGUUUAUGCUUUAAAUAGUGCUUCGUUCCACAAAUCACAAUGUUAUAAUACUAGUAUGAUUUAAAUUUUAAAGUAAA